AUGUCAGCGGACGUUUCAGGUUUUCAUCUGAGAGACGGGAUCAGAGAACAUUUCUGGAGCAUCGAUAAAGCCGAGACCAAACUGGCUCCUAAACUCACCGUCCAGAUCUGGGACAACGACAAGUUCUCCUUCGACGACUACCUCGGUCACCUGGUGAUGGAUCUGAACCACAUGCUGCGUCCGGCCAAGUCCCCGGAGAAAUGUGACCUGCAGCUGCUGGACCAGACGAGCGACAGGCUGGUGUCGCUGUUCGAGCAGAAGACCGUCAGAGGCUGGUGGCCGUGCGCCUGCGAGAAGAACGGCGAGAAGAUCAUUGCUGGGAAGGUGGAGAUGUCGCUGGAGAUCGUGACGGAGCAGGAGCAGGAGGAGAGACCGGCCGGCCUCGGCAGAGACGAACCCAACAUGAACCCUCACCUGGAGGAGCCUCAGCGUCCUGAGACCUCCUUCCUGUGGUUCUCCUCCCCGUUUAAGACGCUCAAGUUCAUCCUGUGGAGACGCUUCAAGUGGUUCAUCCUCCUCUUCAUCAUCCUCUUCCUCAUCCUCCUCUUCUUCGGGGUCUUCCUCUACGCCUUCCCGAACUACGCUGCCAUGAAGAUGGUGGGACCUUUCGGACCGGCCAAAGCUGCCCAGUGACCACGGCGACAAAGAGGACAACGAGUUUCUGGAAGUUUCAUGUUUAUCUCCGUUCUUCUGUUUCCUGUUCCCAAAGUCGCAGAAUGAAAACUGCAGAGAUGAACUGAUGAACUCGCUCUGACCUGAUUGGAAACACUGCGAUUCACAAAUCUGUCGUGUGUGUGUGUGUGUGUGUGUUUGUGUGUUUCGCCCUCUGUGCGUCGCUGCGCUUCCAUCAGAUCUCAGCAUGUGUCGCCGGCGCCCUCAGCCCGUGUCCUCGUCCUCCCUCCGCCACCGCUUUCAUCUCUCGCUCCGUCUCAUCUGCGCUCACGCAGAGAAAAAGGGGAAUAAAAAGCCCGUCGCAGAAACGCCGGCGCCUUCCAAGAAAAAAAGCGGAAACAGAAUCAAAGAUUGAGACGUGGCCGCUUGAUCUUUUCACCGCCUGCUGGUUCCCGAGGUCAGACCAGGCGGUGACUCGUCUUCUUCACGAUGUCCAACUUUGUCGUUCUAAACUCAGUUUGUUGGAAAAAAUAUUUCAGCAAUUUCUCUCUGAAUCGUCUCUGUCCACAUCCUCCUCCUCCAUCUCCCUUCUCUCCUUCAUCCUCCUUUUCUGCUCCUCUUCUUCUUUCUCCUCCUCUUCAAUCUCAGCCUCUCCAUCUUUUUCCUCUUGUUGCCUCUCUUCUUCAUCCUCCUCUUCAUUUACACCUUCCACAACCCUCAAACUUCCUUUUCCUCCUCUUCAUCUCCUCCUUUCUUCUUCCCCCUCGUCUUUUUAUCCUCCUUGUCCUCCUCAACAUUAUUUCCUCCUCCCACUCAAUUUUGCAUCCUUCUUUUACCUUCUCCUCCUCAAGGUUAAUCCCAUUCUCUUCGUCCUCCCUCACUUCUUCCUCCCCGUGUUCUCUCCUUCUCUCAAAGUAUCUCUUUGCUCCUCUUCUUCCCCGUCCUUCCUCUCCUCCUCCUCCUCUGCCCUCUCAUUCUGUUCCUCCUCUUUCUUCUCCUUUUCUUCACAUUCCUCCAUCUCCUCCUCCUUGUCCUUCUCCACCAUCUCAUCAUCCACCUCCUUCUCUUUCUCUUUUUCCACCUCUUCUCUGACCUCCUUCUCCUCCACCAUUUGAUUCACUUUGUCCUCCUUUUCUCCUUCUCCUCUACCUCUUAGUCCUCCUGUCUCAUAUUUGUUUGCUCCUCCUCUUCCCUGUCCACCCUCUCCUCCUCCUCUUCUCCAUCCUCCUCUGGUCUUUCUUCACUCUCAGGGCUCAGCAGGUUAAGUCGUGGAUUUGUUCUUGUUGAUCUUAGGGUUUGACUUUUAUUUGCACAAAGUACGUUUACAGAUGGAUGAAGUCAGACACACACACACGCACGCACACACACACACACACACACACACACACACACACACACACAAACACACACACACACACACACACACAGACAGACAGACACACACCAACAAUCACAUACAGUACAGAACAGGAAGACUAAAGACAGGAACUAAUCCACUGGUAAUCGAUUGGAUUUCCUGAUGUACAUGCUCAUUUGUGUGUGUGUGUGUGUGUGUGUGUGUGUGUGUGUGUGUGUGUUUGAUGCUUUGAUCUGCACACACUGACUUAGCGAGUGAAGCGAAACAUAGACGGACGAUAAAAACGAACAGAGCCGUAAUUAAAAAGACAUAGAGACGAGAAUGGAAAGAAAUAUUCCUCUCAGUCGUUGCUACUUAAGAAUUAUUUUUCUUUUUUCUAGCUUCACUGUCUACCGCUGUGGUCCUGACCAGAGUGGAAAAACUGACUUAGACCCGUUAGGUUCGUUUUUUCGGUUCUUGUCGGCCAAUUACGAGCCAACCAGGCCCCGUAAACAAGAAGUCACAUGGCCCCACACGCAGCUCAUUUACAGGACGGAGCUUUAGAAACCCGCCAUCAUGCCUCCGGCCUCUCAGCUAAUUUCACCUCUGUGGAAUUCUGUGAUCCAUUUACGACACAUUAAAAAAACAAAGGUCCACGCAGACGUUUAGUUCAGAUUUAGUUCGUCCCAAACACCCAACGUGUCUCCUUGUACUUGUAAACUUUUUGGUUGUUCUGGCAUGGUUUAAACGUUGCUGCCCAGAAACUAAAGAAACGCUGCAUUUCACUUCGAGGAGAGCGACCAACUUCACACGACUCGUUCUCGUUGGUCACAACACCUCGAUGAAGAGACGGUGAAACCGUCUCUCAGGGGUGCUCUUCUUUCUUUCUGCUCAGUAUGUGUGUUCUAUGAAGUGUUUAUUUUUCAGGGAUGUAGAAAGUCACCGCAUCGGUCCAUGCGGUUUAUUUCUUUUGCACCGUUCGGCGUCCCUACAAAGAAGGGAUGCAAACUAAGCUGCAGAUCCACACGCAGGCCAAAGCUCACUCUCACAGACUGGAAAUAAAGAUGGACGCCGUGACUGCUCCUCAAAAAUGAAUCCAAAGCUCCUCAGUGGCCCCCUUGUGGCUGGCUGCAGUUUAAGUCAUAAGCCCCGCCUCCUCCAUGUUAGCAGAUGGACCAAAUUAAAAACAGACCUGUGUGUCUGAUUUUUUUCCUGUUGUUCUUAUCACACUGAUGAACGUUCGUGUUUCUGAUAAGUUUGGUUUUAAUAAGUCAUUUGAUGAUAUUAAAAAUGGGUGGAGACAUCAUGAUUGACAGCUGCUGCUGACUCGUGAUUGGUCGAGCUCGUGUAUCGAUGGGACCUUAAUCGAUAGACUCGAAUCGACCACGGGAAGAAAUAGAGAAACGUCGUCCAUCUUUAUUUACAGUCACUGAUUGUCUUUAAUAUUGACUAUCAAUCCAGCUGCAUCGAGUUCAUCGUGAAAAAAACGUAAACAGGUGACAUAGCUGGACGGAGACAAUCAUGCCCGUGAUCACUUCUGUUGAUAGUUUUGUUCAUAUCAUUUUUCCCACAAAGCCUCGAGAUGCCUUCAUGCUGCAUUGUUGUUGCGCAAUUUCUCGUUCUCGUAAAUUCUACGUGCCUUUAGCCUUUAGCUUCGCCGUCUGGAUGUACAGUGACACUAACUCGUCGCUCGGCAUGAAUCAAAACUAAUACCGACGUGAAAUAACCAAAAUAUUUCAUUUGUUAGCUUUAAUGUUUUUUGAAACUAGCCACACGCCAACUCAGUAAUGUUGACGGCCUGUUGACGAUAUGUCGACGCCCCGUGAGAAUCACAGACUGAAUGUAUUCGAGAUGUGACUUAUGUAUUUGACUUGUCCACAAAGAGCAAUACUGUGUGCACUGCAGUUCAUCACUAGUACCGAUUAAACUGCAUUUUUGA